AUGAGGACAUUGGAAAGAUCCAUACAUUCGUCUACGAAGCGGCCGUUAUUGAAUAAUCAGCUCUUGGACGCAGACACGACACCUACACACCUGGCACUCGAACGUAAGACGCCAUCAUCGGCAAUAAUACCUUCAUCACCUCCGUCAAUGGGCCCACCAAGACCCUUAUCCAUCCUUCCACUGAACGUCAUCGUCCGCUCCCUACUGACAUCAACACUAUCCUCCUCGCCUAUCCUUCUUCCACCCUCACUAUGGCUAAUGUCCGUCCUUGCGCACGCUACCAAUCCACUGCUCAACCCAGACAAGAACUCACUCUUGCGCUUCUUCCUAAAGAAUACAUUUUACGCACAGUUCUGCGCCGGAGAAACUCCAGCCGAAGUUGGUCGAACCAUCAAGGGUCUCAAAGACAUUGGGUUCUCGGGUGUCAUACUGGGAUACGCAAAGGAAGUUGUCUUAACCGACGCUCAGAAAAAGGAAUUGGGUGCUUGUAGCCAAGGCAAGAUUGCGGAAGAGUGCGUUUACAAUGAGAUUAUUCCUUGGGCCACAGGUACCUUGAAGACAGUAAAGCUGGCAGAACCAGGAGACUUUGUUGCUCUCAAAUUUACUGGUGCCGGCCGUCAAGCGCUAUAUUCUCCCGCAGAACGCUUGCCAAGUUCCGCCGCCCUGACCGACGCCAUCAACUCCAUCUGCUCUCUUGCUUCCGAGCGUGGUGUUCGCCUCUUGUUCGACGCUGAGCAGGCCUCUCUGCAGCCUGGUAUCGACGAUUGGACCAUGGAGUACAUGCGAAAGUACAAUACCGCCCCAGGGCAUGCCCUCAUCUACGGGACGUAUGGGGCGUACCUAAAGUCAACUCCAGAGACGCUCUCAAGACAUCUUCGAGUCGCAAGAGAAGAAGGCUUCACCUUGGGCGUGAAGCUUGUGCGCGGUGCCUACAUUGGAACCGACCUGAGACACCUCAUCCACGACACGAAAGAAGGCACGGAUGCCUGCUACGAUGGCAUUGCCGAAAGUCUCCUCAAGAAACAAUGGGGAAUCUUGGUCAUUGCCUCCCACAAUGCCGAGUCCGUCAGGCGGGCUCGAGAAAUUUGUAUCGACGGGGAAGCCAGUACUGAGGUAGCCUUUGCACAAUUGCAAGGCAUGGCGGACGAAGUUGGCUGCGAGCUAGUCUCAGAAAAGAGCAGAGUCUCAGCCAUCGAAGCGUACAAGUAUCUCGUUUGGGGGUCGACUGGGGAAUGCAUGAAGUAUCUCUUGAGGAGAGCGCAUGAAAAUCGGGACGCGGUACAGCGAACACGAAGCGGACGCAAUGCGAUGUUCAGUGAAUUGGUGAGGAGAAUGAAGAGUAGUAUUGGGGUAUCCGUCUAA